CACCACCACCAUCUAUCAUCAUCAUAUCAUACACAUUGAAAGAGCAUAUAUAGCCAUGAUGAUGAGAUUACUCAUAAAUCUUCCAUUUUUGUUGAUUUUUGCAUGUUCAUUGCAGGCGCAGGCACAAGAUUCAUGUAGUUCUAACACAAAUCUUGUAAAUCUCAAAGACCAUAUUCGUUUUGAAACUUCUUCUCUCAUUUGCAACCCUGUUUGGACAUCUCAACAUUUCAUCCUCAGAUACUCUCAAGCAGGUCCUAGUUUAUGGAGCUUUGUCUUAUCGGCACCAAACACAAAUUCCUAUGUUGGAAUGGGGUUUUCACCCAAUGGCGCUAUGGUGGGGUCCAGCGCCGUCGUCGGUUGGGUGGCGAGUGGUGGUUUACCAAACAUGAAAAGGUAUUUCCUUGGUGGUAAAACCCCGAGCCAAGUGUUAGUUGAUCAAGGAGACCUACAGAUUCUAGAAAACACAUCAUCAGUUUUCUCGGAUUCGUCUCGGAUAUACAUGGCAUUUCAGUUGGUCAUUGACCAAGCAAGCCAACGACUUGUGUAUGCUGUAGGGGAUAACAACAGUCCGGCUCCAAGUGCGCCUAGUUUUCUCUUGACUCGACAUAGAAGUGAGAUUGCUGUUAGAUUGAAUUACGCCUUGGGUCAAGGUAGCCAAACUAAGGCCCCUUACUCGAAUUUGAAGAGAAGUCAUGGAAUCUUGAACAUGAUUGGAUGGGGCAUAUUGAUUCCUAUUGGCGCAAUGAUUGCUCGUUAUAUGAAACAUUUAGAUUCGUUGUGGUUUUAUAUGCAUACGGGGAUUCAGUCAUUGGGGUUUAUUCUCGGGUUAGCAGGCGUGAUUGCCGGAGUCGUGUUAAAUGAUCGGAUUGAUGCUGGUGUUGGAAAGCACAAAGGACUUGGAGUAACCAUUCUUGUUUUUGGUUUUCUUCAGGUUCUAGCUUUCUUGGCUCGUCCUUCUAUGGAUGCAAAAGCAAGAAAAUAUUGGAAUUGGUAUCACCACAAUGUAGGAAGACUUAUGAUAUUGUUUGCAAUUGUGAAUAUUUUCUAUGGAAUCCAUCUUGCUAAGGCCGAAAGCUCAUGGAAUGGUGGUUAUGGAUUUAUUCUUGCACUAUUUGUUAUAACCAUUCUCAUUUUAGAGUUUAGAAAGUUACGGGAGUGAAAAAUACAAAGUUUUUUUUUUCUUUUUGUUGUGUGUGUUUGAAAUAUAGAUACUUUACUCUCACUUGUGAGCAUUUGAACCAAUAGUCGUCAUUGUUUUUUGCUAUGUUAUAUGAUACUUCUCGUAAUACUAGGAUUUGAGAAAUAUAACUUUGUUGUUGUACAAAAUUAUUAUUAUUUUAUCUUAUGAUUAUAUGUUUCUUUC